AUGGCCUUAACCAAUGCUCUCGCACGGACAGCGAGCUGCAGCGUCCGACUUCGGUUUCGUCUAAUCCAUAAUGUUCAGAAGGCACGUCAAUUCUCUGUGUCACCGCCUCCCCAGGUUGCAACAUCAACUCAGCAACCGUUCGCCUACGGGGCAAAUGAUGAAGUCACACGUCUUGCGGCGAGCCGUCGUCGGCCAUUGACUCUCGCGGAUCUACUGAAACACGGCCGUCCGCCGUUAGCGAAAGAUGCUCUCCUCGCAUCGGCCAAUUUUACUCUUUCACUUCUUCCUGCUCGACUUGCAUCUCGAAUCGAAGCUCUACGGAACCUCCCUUUUAUCAUUGUUUCGAAUCCGCAUGUCUCGAAGAUAUAUAAUAACUACCUUCACUCCUUGUCCACACUUCUCCCUUACCAGCAACGGCAAAUCACAACACUCGAGGAAGAAAAACACUUUGCAGAGGUCUUGGCGGAUCUAGUCCACACUCAUACAGAUACAAUUCCCAUUCUUGCGCGUGGAUUUCUGGAGUGUCGCCGAUAUAUCGACCCGACGGAGGUGACUCGAUUCCUAGAUACCCACCUGCGGGCACGUAUCGGCACUCGGCUGAUAGCUGAGCAACACUUGGCGCUCCAUUUUGCUUCACAACCGAUUAGUGAUGAUGGCAACCCACCGAAGGACACAUCUCCAUCGAACUAUAUCGGUGUCAUCGACACUGCCCUGCAACCAGCGCGCAUUGUCAAGUUCUGUGAGGACUUUGUUGGAGAGAUUUGCGAACUGAAAUAUGGGGUCCGCCCACGACUCACGGUCGGCGGGCAACCUGAUGCCACCUUUGCGCAUGUUCCUGUACAUGUGGAAUACAUUCUCACAGAGCUGCUGAAGAACGCAUUCAGAGCCGUGGUUGAAGCUGGGAACGAACGCGAACCUGUUGAGGUGACCAUCGCUGCUGCGCCUGACGUUCCAAGAAACCAUGUGCGUGGGCCGUACUCCGUGUCGGUGGGAACUUAUCCCGUUCAUCCCAACUCGGAUGUCGGGUUCGAGAUGGACUCCGUUGUGGGAACCGCAGAUGCGAACGAAUCAAUCAAAUUGUCGUCUCCUUCCACGCAAAGCAUUACAAUCAGAAUCCGCGAUCGCGGUGGUGGAAUCCCUCCCGAGAUUCUGCCAAAUAUUUGGUCUUACAGUUUCACCACUUUCUCUGACCUUGACUUGCAGAGCUCGGAGAAUGGGAAUAUGGAUGCCCUGAAUGCCAUGUCCUCAAGCAGUGGCCAUUUGAGUAGCAUCGCAGGACUCGGAUACGGAUUGCCGCUGAGUAGGGCAUAUGCUGAAUACUUUGGUGGCAGUAUCGCCGUACAGAGCCUCUGGGGGUGGGGGACGGACGUGUAUCUGACUCUGCAAGGAGUUGGUAAGGUCGGUUGA